UAGAAAUUAAUUUGUGCAAGUUCUUAUAGUCUCUAUAAAAUACCUAGUGCAGCUCUCAAAGCCUCCAUUCUUGCAGCACCUACCUCUCAAACUAUUAGCUCACGGCAGCUGAACUUUUGCAAAAGUCAAAAACUUGGAUCAAGUGAAAGAAGCUCACCUCCCACGCAAACAGUGAAUAACACGAAACAAGCUGAUAAUGUCUGUGACACAAGUAUCAACCAUCUCUGAGAGUUCUACGACUGUCAGCAGAGAAUACCAACCCUUAGCUCUGACUGAGAAGCAGAAAGGACUCAUUGAGAAGACAUGGAAGGUUGUGGAGGAAGAUAUUGGCAUGCUGAAAGGAGGCAUUCUCCUCUUUAUGAAGAUAUUCGAGCUUAGCCCACCAGCUUUGAAACUGUUCAAGAAGUUUUCGGAUAUCCCUAAUGAGGAGCUACCUGAGAAUGAGCACUUUCAGAGCCACGGCCUCCACGUGAUGGAGACGGUUGCCCUCGCUGUCAGCUCUCUCAACAACAUAGACGAGCUGGUGGUGGUCCUCCGAGAACUGGGUGGGACUCACGGAUCAUAUGAUCUUCAGCAGGCUCACUUUGAUCUGGUGGGACAGUCUCUGCUAUGGACCCUGGAGCAAGGCCUGGGAGAAGGGUUCACUACAGAGGUCAAGGCUGCUUGGACCACAAUGUACGGCCUUGUUGCCACGGAGAUGAAGGAGGGACUGCAAGAGUACAAGGACUUCUCAGACUCUCUCUAAUUAUAUACACAGAACAUAACAUAAAUAUCAGAACAGAACAGAAUCUUAACAUUUUGGUUAUAAUUAUUGUGUUUUAGCUCGUAUACAUUCAUUUUGUGCAAUAUAAUUAAUUUAUAAUGACGUUAUUUUGAUAAGAA